UUCUUUUUGCUAUUCAAUCAUUUCGACCUACUCGCUACUUUCGCAGAGGGCGCUCUUUUCGUGCAGUAAUUUUUGUCAUCAAAAUGACUGAAGGCACAGCCACAAUUCGCACACGCAAAUUUAUGACCAACAGAUUGUUGUGUCGCAAACAAAUGGUUGUAGAUGUCCUACAUCCAGGUCAGCCUUCUGUUAAGAAAACAGAUAUUAGGGAAAAACUGGCCAAAAUGUACAAAGUUACGCCUGAUGUAGUUUUUGUAUUCGGUUUCCGUACAAACUUCGGCGGUGGCAAAUCUACAGGUUUUGCGUUGAUUUACGAUACGUUAGAUUUCGCGAAAAAAUUCGAGCCUAAACACAGGCUUGCUCGCCACGGUCUCUUCGAGAAGAAACAGCAGACUCGCAAACAGCGCAAAGAACGUAAGAAUAGAAUGAAGAAAGUUCGUGGUACCAAGAAGAGUAAAGUGGGUGCCGCUGCUAAGAAGGGUGGAAAGAAAUAAAUUUCUGCUGUAUUGUUUCUACUUUAGUAAUAACCGUGGACACCACCAACAGCACUUCAUUGUGUGACAUGUAUAUUAUACUAAACGAGGAUUUUUUUUAUAUGUGAAACACAAUAAACAUCAAAGUGCUUACUAAGGUAUUAUGGAAUUACAUCCUUUCCAUAUAUUAUAUUUUUAAGAAUUUUUGAAUAAAUUUGACAAUAUUU